UUGAGCAGAGUUUCAUUUUCUAAGAUGGACAGUAUCAGUCAACAUUUAACUCUCUGGUCCUUAACACGCUAUUCCUUAUUUCUAACCAAGGAUCCUAAGUUUUGCUCAUUGUCCCCACUUAACUUGGGAAUUCCUUUGACCACUUCCUCUCCCAGCAGCACUGUUCAUGGCAUGCUUUGCUCCACUUACCAGUCAGGGUCUCUGCGCCAAAGAUGGAUGUCAUUCUGACAUAGCAGGAGUUUCUCAGUACUAGGACUAAGCCUACAGACCUAUGGCCGUGUUAGAAAUAAAACAUUCAUGCAUUCAUUUUGGGCACUGCCUAGGCCAUUCUUCCCCCACAUUCCUAGAAGCAUGAUGAGACAGUUCUUCAUAUGGGAUGCUUACUGUUCUCACUCUAAUUGAAGCUCAAGUUGUUCAAUGCAGAAAAAAUGUUUUGAAGACUGAAUUUGCUCUCAGACUGGAAUAAAGUAUGAAGAAAGAAGACUGGCUGUAAAAUCCAGUAUGCCCUACCGACAUUGGCAAGCAAGCUUUCCUCCUGCCGCCCCUCCCCCCAAACAUUCCCUAAUGCUCUGGACACAAGCCACUCUGUCCUAGAUCAUCCCAAGGUCCUGGCUGCUAUCUUUUCUCUCGGGAAGGGGAGGGGGGCGGGAAGCACACCCUCCUGCCCUCUUUAGUCUCCACCCCUUUCAGAGAAGUUUUAAAUAAGACGGGAGCUGAUCAGAAAGAUCAUAACAGAGACGUGGAAAACAGAAAGAGGCUCGUCUGGGAAGGAAAUCAUCAGCAGAAAAUAGAAGAGAAAAAGCAAAAAAGAUAACUUGAGAUCUGGAGAUGAUGUGGAAAACACUCCCAUAUCUCCUCCUGCUGAUGGGAGCAAUCACAAUUACUCAAUGCCAGAGCUGGCACAUGCGUUACAAACGGGGAGCCAGAUCUAGAGCCAUUUGCACAGACUAUUCAUCUGGAGAAAUAUACCAGCACAGGGGGAGCUGGCUGAGGCUCUCAAGGAGCCGAAUAGAAUACUGUAGGUGCGACAACGGUCGGAGUCGCUGCCACACUGUUCCCAUCAGAGCCUGCACUAAAAAUAAAUGCUACAAUGGGGGCCAGUGUUCACAGGCAUAUUACUCCCCACAGCUCUUCAUCUGCCAGUGCCACCAAGGUUUCUCUGGGAAGCAGUGCGAAAUAGAUACUGAAGUUAAGUGCUACAAAGAUGCUGGAGUAACAUACAGGGGUAUGUGGAGCAGGACAGAGAGUGGAGUUGAAUGCUUGAAUUGGAAUAUCAAUGGCUUGAUGGACCAGACAUACAGCGGCCAAAGAAAGGAUGCUGCUGAGCUGGGAUUGGGCAAUCACAACUAUUGCAGAAACCCAGAUGAAGACUCCAGACCUUGGUGCUAUGUCUAUAAAGGGGGAAAGUACAUCUGGGAAUACUGCAGUGUACCCUCCUGUUCAAAAGUUGGGAACAACAACUGCAAAACUGGAAGAGGCACGGAUUACCGAGGCAGUCACAGUGUUACCAGUUCUGGAGCUACCUGUUUGAGGUGGAAUUCUCAACUCAUUGUUAGCAAGCUAUAUACUGCAUGGAGAAGAGAUGCUUACCAGCUAGGCCUUGGCAGUCACAAUUUCUGCCGGAAUCCUGACAAUGACAACAAGCCCUGGUGCCACAUACUGAAAGGAACUCAGCUCACAUGGGAGUACUGUAACGUGCCUACCUGUUGUAAGGCUCCUAACACUCCUGAUUCUUCUUUCUUUGUGGCAUUACUGUUCGCCACCUGUGGCAUACGGCAGCGUAGAGUACGCCAGUACCGCAUAAAAGUCGGCUCCCAUGCAGACAUUGAAGCUCAUCCAUGGCAAGCUGCCAUCUUUGUGAAGUAUCGCCGAGCACCUGGAGAGCACUUCCUUUGUGGAGGAAUUCUGAUCAGUUCCUGCUGGGUUUUGUCAGCUGCUCACUGUUUUGAGGAAGGCUUUAGUACUGAUCAGCUGAAGAUUGUGCUGGGCAGGACUUCACGAGCAACUCCUGAGGAGAAUGAACAGAACUUUCAAGUGAAGAACUACAUUGUGCAUCAGAGAUUUGACUCUGAAAAUUAUGACAAUGACAUUGCUCUGCUGCAGUUGAAAUCUGACACAAAAGACUGUGCUAUUGAAACAGACACUGUCCGCGCUGCCUGCCUCCCAACACCAAACCUGCAGCUGCCUGACUGGACGGAAUGCGAGAUCUCUGGUUAUGGCAGAAACGAAGAAUUUUCUCCCUUCUAUUCAGAGCACCUGAAGGAAGGGCACGUCAGACUAUUUCCAGCUAGUCGGUGCACAACACAGCAUCUAGACAACCGGACAGUUACAGACAAUAUGAUAUGCGCAGGAGACACAAGGAACCUUGAUGAUGCCUGCAAGGGUGACUCUGGAGGGCCUCUGGUCUGUAUGAAGGAUGAUCGAAUGCAUCUAAUUGGAAUCAUCAGCUGGGGAAUAGGUUGUGGCCGCAAAGAUAUACCUGGCGUUUAUACAAAUGUGAAUCGUUAUCUUGACUGGAUUCAGAACAACAUGAAAUCCUGAAGAAGAAAAAUGAACUAUCCACAAUUUUGUGACCAUGCCCUUGCAAAUUCCUUUGGGGUGUUUUAAGGAUGUUAACAGGGCAUCCUGGUUGCCCAGAUGCUUAUGUCUUUCUGUAAAAAAGGAAGACAAACUGCCAUGUGUGGUAAGGGCACUUUCUCAAAUUACUCCCUUUUCCCCACUACAGGUUAUCAGAAGCAGAGUCCUUCCCCUCAUCCCCCUUACAUCUCCAAGCUUUGUCGUUUCAUCAGUCCCAUGUGUACAAUUGAAAACAAAGGUUGGCUUGCAAAAUGAAAGCUAUAUUGUUUUGGGAAUGGGAGUGAGCAGCAAGCAAAGGGGACAGAUUUCAUUUCCUGAAACUUUCAUCUCCCUCUUUUGAGGGAACAGGACUCAAACAUUGUCAAGGAUGCUCAAUGACACAUGGACAUAUGUCUUCCAUAACACUGCCCUAGGGCAUAUAAGAACAUAUUUCACAAAGGGGAUUACUUAUUAUUCAAAUUAAUUUCCACAAACCUCUUCCCCCCCCGCCCUUGAAGGCAUACUAAUUUUCUAGCAUUUAAAGCAUGAGAAACUUUCCUGUGUCCCCCUUUGAACAAGGGGCUAGAAGAGGAAGUUUCAUGAUCUCAUGUGGAAUAACAAGAACGUAUGUUAAAAGUGCAAUGGAAAGAUGUGUACUUUCUUACCCAAAACACAGCAAUGAGAUUCUUACCCAAAACACUGCAAUGAGGUGAAUCCUUGAAGGGAGUCUUGAGUUUGAGCCCUUACUCUGCACAGAUUCUUCCUAGCUCAGGCUGUUCCCAUUUGGGACUCACAGAGCAAAAAGAACAUAUUGUGUAAUGUCCACUUCACAAACACACUGCAGCAACAUUUUAUUUUUUUGGGGGGGGUAGGGGUGGGGUGGGCAGAAUAAAUACAUAAUCUUUUGAUGUACUUGUCUAUAAAAUUCUGAAUUUUAUUUUUUUUAAUACUAUGCAGGUAUUUUAAGCUAUUCUGUGCUUAUCUGAUUUAACAGUAAGCUUUCCACCACUGUAAGAACAACUGACAGGUCUAAACUCGUCCACCAAAAUAUUAGAAUCUACCCUUACCCACUGAAUUUACUACACUCUUACUAACACAGGAUCAAAAAUGGAUUUGCAAAUAAAAAUGUUAUUUCUUAUUUGGCUGUAAGUUUAAAAUAAAUUCCAAUCAAGAUUAA